AUGGCUUCGACAUGCAAAGCAAGAGAGUCAGUACAUGCAAAUGCAGCUAAUUUCGAAAGUGUUGUGGCUCAGUGGUUUGAAGAAGAUGAUUCUUGCGAGGAAGGAAAUAUUUUUGAAGAUGCAAGUAGUGAAGAAUCAGCCAAUGAACCUGCUAAUGUGAAUAUUGAGGCAGAUGACAGUCCUUCCGAUAAUAUUACUUCAUCAGAGUCUGACAAUGAAGAGCCACCACAAAAAAGAGAAUUAUUCUUGGAUGAAAAGGCAAAUCCUACAUAUAAGGCCACCAUGUCAGUAAAUAGAUUCCAGGACAUAAGGAGAAUGAUUAGAUUUGAUGACAGGCGUACCCGUGAAGCUCGAUCUGCAGAUGACAAACUUGCAGCUGUUCGCUAUGUAUGGGAACUAUUUCUUGACAAGUGUAGAAAUAGAAUGAUUCCCAAUGAUUCGCUCACAGUUGACGAACAGCUAGUCCCAUUCCGUGGAAGAUGCAACUUCACCCAGUAUAUGCUCUCUAAACCAGCCAUGUAUGGCAUAAAAAUAUUUUGGUUAUGUGAUGCUACAUCUGCAUAUGCUUUAGACGGAAUUGUUUACACGGGAAGGAAGCCCCAUGAACCUAUUCAGAAAAAUCUUGGAUUGAAUGUGGUGAAAGAUCUUGCUAAAAGCAUUGAAAGAUCAUCAAAAAAUAUUACUGUUGACAACAUCUUUACUAGAGUGCAGCUGGCAGAAGAGAUGCUUCAGAAGCAAAUUACAGUGGCGGGAACAAUCAAACAAAAUAAACCAGAAAUUCCUAAUGACAUGAAACCAUCUGCCUCAAGAGCAAUUCAUUCCUCUUUGUUUGCAUUUAGAGGUGACAUUAUAAUGGGCUCUUUGCCAGAUAUGAGGGAACACCUGUUAUCAUAA